AUGUCCAAUAAAGGGGAAUAUAACGAGGACUCUUUCCACAAGUUGGAAAAGCAACAAACCUCUUCAUCCUCAUUUGAAGGGCAUUCCGUUCACGAGUACACUGGAUUUGGAGCACACGAUGUUCACCAGUUGGCAAAGACAUUAACAAAUGAAGAUAAUAGUUCAGCCGCAAGUUUAAAGCGAUAUCUCACGCAUAUGUCGCAAGUGCCUGGUGUGAACCCAGUAGAAGAAGAGGAAGGGGAUGAAAGACUAGAUCCAAAUUCAGACAGCUUUGAUUCCAAGUUUUGGGUCAAAAACAUGAAAAAAUUGUUUGAAAAGCACCCGGACUAUUACAAACCUUCGAAAUUGGGUGUCGCUUAUCGAGACUUGAGAGCUUAUGGUACAGCA